GAAUUUUCCAGCUGCUUCUGAGGUCAAGGCGCAACCAAAUAACCAAUGCCCAUUUCUCAAAACCGCGCCUUCGCUUUCAUUCUACUAAUUCUUUUCAAUCAUCAAACUCCCCUCCAAUUUGGUAUUCGCUUUUCCUCUCAUUUCACAUUUCAUACUGAAAUUGCAUAUUCCUAAGAUUAUUAUCUCUCAACAAAUCCGGUUUCUAUUACUCCCAAUUCGAAUUUUCCGAUCGUUGCGAGAUGGAGGGAGGUCCAGAGCGGGACUCGAAUUGUUCGGGUCCACCCGCAAAUGGCGCCUUGGAAGGCAAAAUCGACGACCUCCGGCAGCUGUUCGGUAAAACCGACGGCGACCCGCUGAGAAUCACCGGCGUUGGCGCCGGUGCAUGGGGCAGCGUUUUCACGGCAAUGCUGCAGGACGCGUACGGGAUGUAUCGGGACAAGGUCCAGAUCCGGGUAUGGAGGCGGGCCGGUCGGGCUGUGGACCGGCCCACGGCCCAGCACCUGUUCGAGGUGAUUAACUCGAGGGAGGAGGUGUUGAGGAGGCUCAUAAGGCGGUGCGCGUACUUGAAGUACGUGGAGGGAAGGUUGGGGGACAGGGUUCUGUACGCGGACGAGAUUUUAAGGGAUGGGUUUUGCCUGAAUAUGAUCGAGACCCCGCUUUGCCCACUGAAGGUGGUGACUAGUUUGCAGGAGGCAGUUUGGGAUGCGGAUAUUGUGGUCAACGGGUUGCCCUCAACUGAGACUCAGGAGGUGUUUGAGGAGAUCAGUAGGUACUGGAAGGAGAGGAUUAGUGCCCCAGUUAUUAUUUCAUUGGCCAAGGGAAUCGAGGCUGAGCUGCAGCCUCAGCCGAGGAUAGUUACCCCAACUCAGAUGAUCAGCCGGGCGACUAGAGGAUUCCACUUCUUUCAUUCUUCGAUAUCUGAAUAUAAGAAGCCUGUGAUUGGUGCUGGGAUUCCCAUGGAGAACAUUCUCUAUCUUGGAGGACCUAACAUUGCAUCAGAAAUCUACAACAGGGAAUAUGCAAAUGCUCGAAUUUGUGGAGCUGAAAAAUGGAGGAAACCACUGGCCAGGUUCUUGAGACAGCCGCAUUUUGUUGUUUGGGAUAACGGUGACCUCGUCACUCAUGAAGUAAUGGGGGGUCUUAAAAAUGUGUAUGCAAUUGGGGCCGGGAUGGUAGCAGCACUAACUAACGAGAGUGCGACUAGCAAAUCCGUAUAUUUUGCUCACUGCACAUCGGAGAUGAUUUUUAUUACCCAUCUUUUAGCUGAGGAACCUGAGAAGCUUGCAGGACCCCUUUUAGCCGACACAUACGUGACCUUGUUGAAAGGUCGUAAUGCGUGGUAUGGUCUGAAGUUGGCCAAAGGGGAAAUAAACCUUGAUAUGGGUGACAGCAUCAAAGGCAAGGGCAUGAUUCAGGGUGUUUCUGCUGUUAAAGCUUUUUACGAGUUGCUGAGUCAGUCUCAUAUGAAUGUUUCGCAACCCAACGAAAAUAAUCACAUUGCGCCAGUCGAGCUAUGUCCGAUCUUGAAAAUGCUGUAUAAAAUACUGAUUAUGAGGGAGAUGCCACCUGAGGGAAUUCUUCAAGCCUUGAGAGACGAGACCAUGAAUGACCCACGAGAGCGAAUUGAAAUUGCACAAAGCUGCGCCAUCUAUAAACCUUCUCUACUUAUAAAAUAGACUUUGCAGUUUUUUUGUCUUCCUCUCUUUUAUGUUUCUUUCUUUUUGUAUGUAGGCUUAGGUUUGAGAUAGCUUUUCGGUCUUUNUUUCAGAAUUAAGAAAUGUUGAAAUCGAAAUUUUGUAGGCCUGUCAAAAUGUUCUUAAACUUUAUUUUUAUAUAU